CUGCUCACUUCUGUCAGUGUGAGGGAAUGCUGGACACCCACAGAAAACAAGGGAGUCUACAAGAAGAACGGCUCCAGAGCCCUCAAGUCCUCCUCCUCCUCCUCUUGGAACAACCAGAUGUCAGAAACUGAGCUGGAAAAGAUAAAAAUCAGAGCAGCAGAGAAUUUUGAAAAUGAUAAAAAUAAUAUUUCUUGGUUGAAUGAAGAAUUAUCCAAUUCAAGCCAAAAUCCCCUUGAAGAUUCUGAUAUUCAACUCACAAAUGAAAAACACUCAGAUGAGAAAUCUGUUAAGGGCAUCGUUAUAAAUUCAGUAUCCGAAUUCAAUAUUGCCGACGCACCAUCCAAGGAAGCCCCCAAUGAGAAAAAACUGUCAGCAUCCAGCACAUCAUUAUCUUCUCCUGAAGAGUGCCAAACCAAAUUCUCAUACCUCCAAAACGAUACAUCAUUUCAUCAGAGAGACAAUGAUGAUGAAUGUGCCUCACUUAUUCUCACCUGUCUGUUUUGCCAGUUUUUGGAUUGCCUUCUAAUGCUGCCUGAUACUUGUGAAACUGUGUGCAUAAAUACGUGCUGCCCAUCUCACCGAUACCAUCAUGCCUCCGAUGAGAAUCACGCCAGAAAUGACUGCAAUUGCAAUUGUGAUGUUGACUGCAGCCUGUUUGAAUCUUGUCACGAGACAAGCGAGUGCUUAGAGCUGGCCAUGGAGAUUUCAGAAAUCUGUUACCGCUAACAUAAGAAAGCACCAGAUCCCCACAGAAAGAAAGAAAGAAAGAAAGAAAGAAAGAAAGAAAGAAAGAGAAAAAGAAAAAAACUCUGAUUUCCUAGAAAUUUCCCAUAUGACCAGGAUGUGAGGUCUAUUUGUUAUAAACAUCUUGGACUCUGUAUAUCACAUUAUCUUGCAUCCAUUUGGGAAGAAUUGCAUUCCGCACGCAAGGUCCUUGUUCACAAUUUCACAACUGCACGACACUCAGAAACAAAAUCUUUAAUCGUAGAUGAAACACAAAUCCAAAACAACCGACACAAAAUGUUUUCACUGCAUUCCUGCUUUCCAGCUGGCAUGCUAAUCCCCUCUUUCUGUGACUACAUUCACCAGCUCGCACCAUGGAUUCAGCCCUAUCCCCAAAUUCCGGGCGAACUGGGGCACUCUUUUAGGAUUGACAUCCAUAUAUUAGCUCUUCUUUUUAAUAGACUCAUACAUAAACAUCAUGCUUUGUUGGUUACUAUUAAUAAUGGAUGAUAGAACAUCAUUUUAUAAUUAAAAAUUUAUUUAUACAAUCCCUUAAAACUCACUUAUAUGUUCAGUUUAGGUAGAAAAGGGAAUUAAAUGAUUAGGAACCAUGUUGCUGUAAUUACAGCCGAUGUCUCUGAAACAUCUCUGGUGGAUUUGAAGUCUGAUGUGCUUCAGCGGAGUGCUGUAAUUCUAGACCAUAUUAAUCUGUGUCUAUGAUUAUGCCAUAACAGGUUAUGUCUAUUUUUAAUUUGUUACAGGAAGGUUCUCCUUAGUUCUAAUGAGCAUUAAUGGGAACUGUGUGCAUGUUUCAGGAGGAGAAUGACCUCGGUUAAUCAAUUGCUUUUUUUCCUGAUUUCUGUCAUAGGGUAAACAGGAGAAUGCAAAAGAAACUACAGUUUUCUUAGUUUGAAUUUCUACGAGCACGAAAAAGAUAUAAAAAUGCGGCUAUCCAUUCAGCAUGGAGCUCUUAAUGCAGCAUGUCAUUCAGAUACUAUGGAUUUUUCCCUUCCUGAUAAAGUUUGUGAUUAUUAACAUUAAUAAAAAUUUUGACCACCACAACAUACUUGUAUAAUAACCAAGGACACAAUAUGAAAUAGAAAAUGAUUUCUUAGCUCAAAGCAGGGAAAAGAAAACAGACAAUCUUCUCUGAAAAUCUUUCUUGAUUAUAGUUAUUCCAGAAUAUACCUUAAUUUCAGGAGACUCCAUUCUGUUGUCUUUAAGCAAACAAUGCUCAUCAAUUUGCUCUUCUGAUUUUCCACCUACCCUGCCAUUACAGCACCUCUUCUCACCAGGAAGAAUGAUCCUCCAGACUCCAAUCUGUAAAUAGUCCAUCCAUACAUCGCCCCCAUUCUCCAUGCCCUUUUUCUCCCUCCCAGUGAAAUUUUGGCUCUGUGCCCUGAUGUUGAGCUGUUCUGAUUAGUGGGUUAGUCAAUGAAAAUUCCCUUUCACCCACUAUAACCAGUAAGUCCCAGACCAUACCAAACCUUCUAGCCAUCCACUAGUAUACCAGAAACUAUUUAGCAUGAGUCCUUGGCAUCAGCCCUGCCCUUCUAGUUAUUCCCCUCCCUUCCAUUUCUUGAUCUUGUUCUGAUAAUAGCAACCAAAUAUUUUUUUGCUUCUAGACAGGGAGUAACAAUCCAUGGCUCCAUUCAUAAUCCCUGUGGCUUGCUUAAACCAAACUUUUCUUCCUAGAGAACAUGUUUAUUCCCCUAUUAGAAUGUAAGCUUUUUGAAAGCAGGAAUUCUUUUUUCCAUAUUUUCAUCCCCAUCACUUAGCACAGUAUCUGGCUUAUAGAAGAUACUUAAUAAUAUUAUUGACUGACUUAAAGAUAAGAUAACUAAUUAAUAAAUGAUAUUUUCUAACUGCCAACA